AUGUAUCAAAUGUUAAUUCGUAUUUCAAAAUGGUAUAAAUUUAAAAAUAUGAUAACAAAGUACUUGGGAACAUGGUUCCCAAGUACUUUGUCUAAAAAAAAUCAAAUAAAACAAAGAAUAAAUAACAAAUAA